CAGUGUCCAAAACACGAACAUGAAUGUGGUUGUUUCGUUGAAUUUGAGAAGUAAACACAUCUGACAAGCAAAUGUCAACCUUUCAUAGGGAAAAUGAAGCCGCCAAAUUUAUUUUCCGAAGAUUUGAGGUUGGAUUAGAUAUAGAAAACUGUCCUGUGAUAGCUUGUAUUCGUAGGUAAUGCACUUGACCUAAGCACUAGUUUGCUGUGUUAGCUAGUCAAGUGCCUCGAACUGUCGUUUUGUAAUGCUGUUGUGAAAGACGAUUUAGCAGCCGUCCUGUGAAACUAUGGUUGCUAAAAUGUGUUCUGCCACCAGGUCAAGUCCGCAGUUACUCCCCGGGUAUCAGGGGAGUACGGUCACCGAGACAGAUCGGGAUCUAGAGCGGGCAUGGCAACCAGCAGGGUCUCCUUCUCGCAAUACCGUCUGGAAGCAGAGAUCGACCGCUACAGAGCAGAGUGCCAGUGGGACAAGAUACCCCCUAUCGUAGAGCAACUAGUGGCCGCACGAUUUCACGAAGACGAUGACUACGGGACGCUGUUAUUGGCUGAGGCCCUUCUGGAGGAGUGUCUACAGGACAACCUGAGUCUUUUACGCAACGCCACUCCUUUGACGGACAUCAACCAGCCCAAACUGUCCCGGUCCAAGGGCUACCUCAACUCCAUCCUGAGCAGGGGACAGCUGGUGCCCAGGCACCUGAACGAGGCUCUUCUUCUGAUGGCCAAAAUACACUAUGUCCAGGGCUGUUACCAUGACGCACAGGGCAUGUGUGCAAGGGUGGGUAUAGACGAGCUGACGGGGGAUGAGCAGCCCCUCUACCACCUGCGUCUGCUCGCAGAGGCCUUUGUCAUCAAAGGUCUGUCCCUGGACCACCAGGCAGUGUCAGCUGCCUCCCGUGUCCGUCUGUCUGAGAGAGAGGAGGAAUGUCUUUCCUGCUACCUGAGGGCCUGUGACACCUCUCUCGUUUACCUGCAAGAACUCGACAAGCAGAUGGUGGUCAACCCUAGUUCUAAAGCAGCUAAGACCGGUUUGGUCCCUCUACCACUGGACAUUGACCUGGGCUUCUUCCAGCAGGCGGCUCUACAGAGUGCAUACCUGUGCCUGCUGCAUAGGGGGCACCUGGCCCAGGGAGCCCACCAGCUGCGCAGGGUCCUCAGGGUGGUGGAGUCUCGAGGCUCCCAGAGCUUCAGGAAGGCUGCAGCGCGGAAGCUGGCUGAGGUGUUGCUGAGCUCGGUGAGUGAGGACAGCUACUGGGCGCCCAUGUCUCUCCCACCCUCCGCCUGGCUGCAGAGAGAAGGGAACGCCGGCCCAAAGGAUGCCAUGUACCCCUCUCCCAAACCACCCCAACGCUACAGUACUGACAGCGUCUUCUGUCCCCAGGACGUGGUUGAGGAGGCCGUGCUCCUGCUGCUCAUCACAGAGUCUACGGCCAGCGGAGACGCAGUCAUCAGCCGAGCCCCCGACCAUAGGGAGGAGCGGGAGACCAGUCUGCAGGACGCCACCUCUGUCUACGACCUGCUGAGCAUCGGCAUGGCCAGGAGGGGGCAGUAUGCCAUGCUGUCUGAGUGUCUGGAGCGGGCCAUGAAGUUCUCAUUUAAUGAGUUCCACCUCUGGCACCAGUUGGGCUUGUCACUCAUGGCGUGUGGGAAGGGUGUGGGCGCCGUGUCUGUGUUCAAGGAGUGUGCCAGGAUGAGACCCGAGGACCCCUCACUGCCCAUGUUGGCCGCCAAAGUCUGCAUCGGCCAACUGCACUGGCUGGAGGAGGCUGAGGCCCUGUCUCAGAGUGUGGUGUCCAUGGGAGAGGAGGCUGCAGAGUUCCUGUCCCGUGCGUACCUGACUGUGGGGCUGUGCUGCAGUCUGCAGGCCUCUGACGCCACUCUGAAAGCUGAUCGGGAUGGGUUCAACAGACGAGCACUGCAAAAUCUGCAUAAAGCCCAUGCACUGGAUCCCCAUGAUGCUAAGAUUGCUCUCUACCUGUCUCUCCAGCUGGCUCUUGUACGCCAGGUGGCAGCUGCCAUGGAUCCCCUGCAGGUGGCUCUGUCUCUGCGUGGGGACGACCUGCACUCGCUCCACCUACUGACCCUUCUGCUUAGUGCCCAGAAACACCACCAACAUGCCCUCGAAACCCUCACACUAGCGCUCAGCCAACACCCUGAGAACUUCAAUCUGCUGUUCACUAAGGUGAAGCUGGAGGAGGCUCUGUAUGGGCCGGGCGUAGCACUCCAGACCUGCCAAGACAUGCUGCAGCUAUGGCAGAGCCGCUAUGACUUCACACGUACCAGUGAGGGGGAUGACAGCAGCAGUAUCCACCCACCAGAGCCACUUGCACUCAACCGCAAACCCAGUGGCCUCCACCUCACCCUGCCAGACUUCCAGGACAGUGAGACUGGUUCUCAGAGCGGUCCGUCCAUUGCUCUAUCCCGCCUGGAGCAUGCCAUGUCAGAGGUGUCAGCGAUCAGCUCAGCCCACAAACAGGGCCCCACCUACAUCUGGACCACCCUGGAGCGCAUCUGGCUGCAAGCAGGAGAGUUGUUCAUGGCAGAGGGGCGUGUGAAGGAGGCCCAGUUCUGUGUGCAGGAGGCAGCUGUGCUCUUCCCCAACUCCCACUCCGUGCUGCUGCUAAGGGGCCGGCUGGCCGAGCUCAAAGGGAACCAGGACGAGGCCAAGGGUUUGUACGAUGAAGCCCUGGCCAUCCACCCCAACGGACACCGCAUACUGCUGCACCUGGGCCAGUUGUUGGUGCGGUGUGGGCGUGUGGGUCUGGGGGAGAAGGUGCUGCGGGAUGCUGUGCAGGCCCAGAGCACGUCCCAUGAGGCGUGGAGCGGCCUGGGGGAGGCCCUGCAGUCACAGGGCAGCAGCCAGGCUCCAGACUGCUUCCUCACAGCCCUGGAGCUGGAGUCCUCCUGUCCCAUCAGGCCCUUCACCAUCAUACCCCGCGAGCUGUGAGGAGCAGACAGAGGGUACUACUGUAUUACAUACUCACAUACAUAUAUAUACACACACACACACACACACACACACACACACACACACACACACACACACACACACACACACACACACACACACACACACACACACACACACACACACACACACACACACACACACACGCACGCGCGCAUGAUCAUUUACACAUGCAAAUUGGUGCAAUAUAUCUUCUCUUGCCCUAUUUCACUCUUUUUGCUCUCUAUCUCUCCUCCCUUCCCCCUCUCCCUUUUAUCUACUCUCUUCAUCUUUAUCUAUGUCUAUGCACUCAUAAUAAUCGCUCACAUGCACUCAUGGACAAGUCAAGUGUAUGGUGACACUGUUAUACAGACCGUAUACACCCACUACACUGUUAUACAGACCGUACUCAUCCACUACACUGUUAUACAGACCGUACAUAUCCACUACACUGUUAUACAGACCGUAAUCAUCCACUACACUGUUAUACAGACCGUAAUCAUCCACUACACUGUUAUACAGACCGUAAUCAUCCACUACACUGUUAUACAGACCGUAAUCAUCCACUAUACUGUUAUACAGACCAUAUACACCCACAACACUGUUAUACAGACCGUAAUCAUCCACAAUACUGUUAUACAGACCGUAUACAUUCACUACACUGUUAUACAGACCGUAUACACCCACUACACUGUUAAACAGACCGUAAUCAUCCACUACACUUUUAUACAGACCGUAAUCAUCCACUACACUCUUAUACAGACCGUAAUCAUCCACUACACUGUUAUACAGACCGUAAUCAUCCACUAUACUGUUAUACAGACCAUAUACACCCACAACACUGUUAUACAGACCGUAAUCAUCCACAACACUGUUAUACAGACCAUAUACACCCACAACACUGUUAUACAGACCGUAUACACCCACAACACUGUUAUAUAGACCAUAUACACCCACAACACUGUUAAACAGACUGUAUACACCCACUACACUGUUAAACAGACCGUAUACACCACUACACUGUUAAACAGACCGUAUACAUCCACUCUCAGGGAUCAUUCCUAUAGUAUCAUUCCAUUUUAUUCUCAUUUACUGAGAGCCUUCAGCCUUUGUAUGUAACUGACAUAAUCCAUUAUGUUCAAAUCACUGGUUGUUUGUAUUGUAUAUUUCUGUAUUAUUAAUAUUAUGAUUCAUUGUGUGUGUGUUGUUUUAAAUGCAUUUGUCCAUCUUUGUCCUCAUAAACAAUGACUUAAAUCAC